UAUCAAUCAAACAGAUGUUGAUUAAAUUACCUAUUUGAUUUACCACUGGAUGGCUUAUCAGCGGCUUAUCUGGCAAAUUGGUUGAUAUAUUAGUAAUUCCGAUGCCUAAACACAUUAAUCGUUUGAUACGUUCGAGUUUACGAUGCGUGUGGGUAUCUUUGUGAUCCUUUGUUGCAUAUUUUUCGAUGCCAACGGCAGAAAUAUUGAGUUUAAAUCGCUUGGAUAUCAUGAAACCGUGGGGAUUCCCAAAGCCAAGUCUUUAUUGAGAUCAGAACGAUUAAGGAUAGUGGGUGGUGGUCCUGUACCAAGUGUAACGGCUUAUCCGUAUCAAGCAGGCCUAGUAACUCUGCUCACCACAGGGCAGACUUCCAUAUGCGGUGGUUCGAUAAUUUCCAACACAAGGAUUCUUACAGCCGCCCAUUGCUGGUGGGACGGCUACAGCCAGGCCAAGCAGUUCACUGUCGUCCUUGGCUCACUUACCAUCUUCAGUGGGGGCACCAGGGUCGUCAGCUCUGACGUCAUCGUUCACCCCAACUGGAACACUAACACCGUCACCAACGACAUUGCCAUCGUGAAGAUUUCUGCGGUCCAAUUUAAUACACAAACCAGUUUCCCUCCGAGCACGUCACUUCAUCACAACACGGUCACAAUCCUGACAAACCGGGUGUGCCAGCAGAGCUUCGAUAUCACCAUACAGAGUACUCACAUGUGUACUAGCGGGCACGGCAAAGUAGGCACCUGUGACGGGGACUCAGGCGGACCUAUAACUGUACUCCGCAAUAAUAUUAGGAUGCAGGUGGGUGUUGUGUCCUUCGGUCUCGCUGAUGGCUGCCAGAGUGGAAUACCAUCUGUGUUCACCAGAGUGACGUCAUUCCUCAGCUGGAUAAAUGCGAACUUAUAAACAAAAAUGUGAGCCGUCACGGGACGCCUAUCAAAUGUGAAACAUUGACAUUAUUUUGUAAAAGAAAUAUGCAGGAAAGAACAGAUUGCGAUGGGAACUAAAUAUGGCAUAAUGAUAAAAUAAAAUAUUACGAUUUUUUUCCACAAAAUGAACUUUUGUUUUCUUUAAAUACAAAAAUCGAAUUCGAUUCAAUUUCAAGAUGAUCGAGAUUCAAUUCGCCACACCGUGCACACUACUGCAUAUAGACUGUAUAUAUAUACCAUCUUAAAGCGUUGCGUCGCGUCGCCACGUCAGUAAUCUUUUUUACAUGCGCCUAUAGAUGUUUCACGUCAAAAAUAAAAAGGCAAAUUCAAUAAAAACUCUUUGGAUAAAAAACAAUAAAAAUAAAUAAAAUACAUUUCGUUUUCUUUUUUCGAAUGACUGAUACCUAUCUUCUAGUAAAGUGCCUUAGUAAUAAAGAAAUAUUACACUCCCACUCAGCCUAGCCCCACAAAAUGGUCAAAAUAAGCACCCUACAUUUUGUAUAUUUCGUAUUGCACUAUUACACAAAACAAAUAAAAUACAGGAACGCAAACACAAAAGGCAGCCUUAUUGCUAAGGUAGCAAUCGCUACCAGGAAAAUACUGUUACAAACAUAAAUAAUAAUAAAUAUAAUAAAUAAAUAUUUCCGACACACACCAAUUAGCCUAGCCCCAAAGUAAGCAUUAUAAGGCUUGUGUUAUGGGAUGCUAGGGUAACGGAUAGAAUACAUAUACUGUACAUAUAUAAGUAUAUUUGUAUAAAUACAUAUUAAACAUCCAUGACUGGAGUACAAAUGCUCGUAUUCAUCACACAAACAUCUGCCCCCACCGGGAUUCGAACCCGGGACCUCUCGAGUCGGCGACAGCCAUGAAACCCGGCGUACAAACCACGGAGGUCGUCAACAAGUUUUGUAAAAAUAAUAUAAACCGCUCUUUCUUGUAGAAAUUACUGCACUAGUUCAGUUUUCAAUGCUUAGUGUGAAGAAACAAAAAAUCUCUCAUGAUUUAUUACAAUAUUGUCUAAUAUUUGUAAAAAUCUCGUUGAAAUUAAAUACAUGUACAUAUACAUUUCAGCGCAUAUUUACUACUUUCUUUUCACGCACACCAAUCUAUACUAAUAUUAUGAAGAGGAAAGAUUUGAUUGUUUGUUUGUUUGUAUUGAAUAGGUUCCGAAACCACUGGACCGAUUUGAAAAUUUCUUACACAUUUAGAAUCCUGCAUUAUCCCUGAUGAACAUAGGCUAUAGUUGUAUUAUCAAAAAAGUUAGGGUUCCGUAUGAAAAAUGCGAUAAUGUAACCCAGGGUGUGAAAAAAAUAAACUUAUAUCGCUUACGCUGCGAAGGUCAUUGACAAUAGAGCAAAGUGAUGUACAAAAGUUUUAUAGAGGGCGUACAUAUCUACAAAAACUUCCGCAAUAUCAUAUGUCUAACUAUUGCUGUUAUGUCACAACUAAAGGUUGUGACAAAACUCAAAACUAACUAAACUAACUAACUACUCUCUAACUCCCCCUGCAGUUUCGCCCGCGUUAAUUUGAGGAAAUAUGUUAUAGUGAGUCAAACUAAAAGAUGGGCAUAUGCUUUUGCGGAUUUAUUUUUAAGAACUUUAAAGGGGAACAAUUCUGUCAUAUUAUUAUAUGAUUUUUCUGUAACAUUAAUCAUUUACGCAGCGCACGCAACAGAAUCUCCCAAAUGGAAUAUUUUUACCCGUUUUUGCAACAAUUUACAUCGAUACUCCGCUCCUACUGGUUGCAGUGGAAUAAUAUCGCACCUUUAUUCCAAUACUGUCAUUA